AUGGGGAAAAGAGCUAUGCCGGACAGAUCAAAUCCCUCUUCAAAGAAGAGAAAGGGUGGUGCAAAAUAUGGGAAGCAGGCAAGUCGCGUCGCUAUUGAAUCUGGCGAUGUAGGUGUCUUUUUGACAUGCGAUAUGGGGAGAGAAGGAAAAUGUCUGUCAGAAGCAGUGGAUAUCUUUUCUCAGGUCAUCGAGGGCACUGAAAAUAAAGAGGAAGAAGACGAAGAUACCGAUGAUGAAGAUAUCGAGGCCCAGAUCCGAAGGGAACUGGAGGGCCUACAGCCCAGUAAAGACAAAACUCGUCAAUUCCAGCCAGUGCAGAUGGAUAUGCCAUGUGUAACAUUCAUGCGUCUUGAUCCCUCAAUAGACCCGGUGCAGCUUGUGCACCGUCUGUGUAGCGAAGCGCAUGCCCAUCCGGAGACUAAGAAGAGUCGAUGGAUUAAGCGCAUGCAUCCAGUCACGUCAAUCCGGAAGACGCUGAGUGUGGACCUAACGGCAUUUGCGAAAGAGAUUCUCAAGCCUCAUUUCCAUUCUGGAGGGCCACCGAAAACGUACGCCAUUCGGCCUACUGUGCGAGGCAACUCGAAGCUCAACCGAGACAUUAUUAUUAAGACUGUUGCCGAUGCUGUCGGUCCCGAGCACCCGGUGAAUUUGAAGAACUAUGAUUUAAUGAUCCUCGUUGAUGUUGCCCAAAACGUGAUUGGAAUGAGUGUAGUGCAAGGUGAUUAUGAUAAGCUGAAGCGGUUCAACUUGGCCGAAAUCUACGAUCCUUCACCAAAAGCAGAGCCAGCAGGCACUGCCACUGAGUCUAAAGCUUAG